AUGCCAGACUCGCACCCCUCGACCGACGAUCCCGCACCGCACCACGCCCAGCACGAUGCCCACGCCGACCAACAUGGCGGCGACAGCGACGCAAAGGCAGCCCUCCUCAUCCAGAAAAACUACCGCGGCUACCGCGCCAGGCGCCAGCUCGACGGACUCAACCUCUCGGCAGACUCGCGCUGGCAGGACGCCAUCACCCGCCUCCGCCUACAGCAGGCUCACAACGACGCAGGCAGCGGCAAAAACGACCCCGCAACCCGCUGGAAGCGCGGCGGCCUCUUUGUCGGCCAGCUCACCGGCGCAGGCGACAAGUGCUACGACAUGCGACAGGCCUCCGACGAUGGCGACGACGGCGGCGACGGCGACCAGGCUGACGGCAAGACGCAGGCAGCACCGCCGGCAUCCGGAAAGACGGACGGCCCCGUCGAGGGCGGUCCCACGCUCAAGGCCAGCGACCCGCAGAUCGACGGCAGCACAAAGGUCGGCAACGUCCCCGGCGCAAACGACGGCGACAAGAUCGACAACAUCCGCUCCAUUGCCAAGCCAAACCAGCCCGGACUCCGCCUCCUGGAAAAGUGGACCCGCAGCGGCGAGUACCAGGAGCUGAGCAAGGCCAUGGCCUCGCAGUACUGGCUCGAAAUGGUCGACCAGAAGCACCGCUACGGCUCCAACCUCAAGUACUACCACGACGCAUGGAACAAGGCCGACACCGACCUCAACUUUUUCCAGUGGCUCGACCAGGGUCCGGGCAAGGACCUCGACCUCGAAGACUGCCCGCGCCAGCGCCUCGACUCGGAAAAGGUCAUCUACCUCAGCGCCGAGCAGCGCAAGAACUACAUUGUCGACGUCGUCGACGGCAAGCUCCACUGGCGGCGCAACGGCAAGCCCGUCGACACGGCCAAGGGCAAGCACCGCGACCUGGGCGACGGCCGAGGGAUCGUCGACCUCGGACAAGACGAGCAGAGGGAGGCCGAGGAGCAGAUCAAGCGCAGGGCCCUCGAGCGCGGCGUGUCCGAAGACUCGCUCGACAGCGUCAUGACGGGCAGCUCGUCGAGCGACGACGAGGAAAUGAGCCCCAAGGACAAGCGCAGGGAGGCGCGCCACUACCAGUCGAAGCGCUCCGGAAAGAGCCGCCACCUCGACGUCCUCUCGCCCUCCAAUUGGGCCGACAUGCUGCUGCGCAAGACCAUCGGCAGCAACACCUGGAUCUACGUCUACAACCACCGCAGGGAGCUCUACGUCGGGCUCAAGCAGACGGGCUACUUCCAGCAUUCCAGCUUCCUCUAUGGCGGCCGAGUCCUCUCUGCAGGCCUGCUCAAGGUCGACAACGGCCAGCUGGUCUCGCUGUCGCCGCUGUCGGGCCACUACCGCGCGGGGACGGCGCACUUCCGGUACUUUGUCAAGUCGCUGCAGGACGGCGACGUCGACCUGUCGCGCGUGGUGCUGUCCAAGUCGCUGCUGAUGCUCGCAGGCAUGGAAAAGUACGGUGCGAUGAUGAGCAAGAUCAAGGGGGGCGGCGGUGGCGAAGAUGGCAAGGAUGGCAAGGGCGGUGACAAUGACGAAAAGGGCGGCGAGGCGAGCGAGACGGAGCAGGGAGAGGAAAAGCACAGUCUGGCGGAGAGGGUCAAGGCGCAUCUCCACCUCGGACGCUCGGGCCGAGAGGGUGAGGAGGCAUCAGCAGAUCCAGCGACGGCGACGACGACGACGACGACGACGACGACGAGCAAGCGGGAAAAGAUCAAGGAGCUGUUGGUGCCCGGGCACCGAAAACGAAAGGAGGAGCGGGAAGCUGCGACGGCGACGGCGACCGCGACGGCGACCGCGACCGCAACCACGGCCGAGGCGUCUGCAUGA